CAGUCAGACUCCAAACUCAACCAUGGCCAAAACCAAAGAGCUGUCGAAGGACACCAGGAAGAAAAUUGUAGACCUGCACCAGGCUGGGAAGAGUGAAUCUACAAUAGGCAAGCAGGGAAAAACUUUGUUCUGCACAGAAAAAAUGAGUGAACCUGGCAAAAAGGACGGGAAGGGAAAGAAGCCAGAGGCAACGGAAGGACACUUAACAUCUGAAUCAGAUGGAGUUAAAGGGAAAAAAGAAGCAAAAGGACAAGAAAUGAAAGACAAACCUGUUGGUUGUGGAGGUCGUGGUGGUGGUAGUGGAGGUCGUGGUGGUGGCGGAGGUCGUGGUGGCGGAGGUCGCGGUGAUCAAUAAAUGAUGAAGAAAUCCUUGACUCGCCAUUCUGUGAUAAUAAUUGUAAAGACUUAAAUACAUGUAUAAUAAACAAAUCCAG